CCAAGGACCAAAACGAAGACAUUUUCUCAUGAUUUAAGCUGCGAGACUCAAGCCCAAUCAUGACAAUGAACUUUUUUGGAAAACUAAAGAACCUACACACUGGACCUCCAGCGCCACCCAGAAGGACAGAUGACAAUGACGGGUUUGGGUGGCCGCAGGAUGAGUUUGAUGAUGAGGAAGGUGACAUGUAUGAAGCGCCGCCGUGUGAGCGCCCGGCAGUGAAGGUCCCACAGAGACAGAGGGAGGAGAACAUUUACCUGGAGAGGACGUCCAAUCCUGUUCCUCCACAGAGGCAGGCUGCUCCUCCACCCAGGCCGGGCAAACCCUCGAAACCCCAACAACGCACUGAGGUCUAUGAUCCCAAAACCAAGAAAGCACCGGAGAUCGAUAGAAAUGACAAGCCUGGGAGAAAGAAGAUGAUUCCUCCUGCUCCGGACCCCGCUGCCAACACUGAGGAAGAUGUGUAUUUGGAUCCAAAUGAAGAACAGGAAGAUAAUGAAGACGUGUAUUUAGAACCCACAGCUGCAUGGAUGCCUCCAUCUCCCAAGACAACACUCAUACCUUCUCCCAUACCCAUGAUGAAGCCUCCGGUUCCUAGAGCUCAGUCUAAUUCAUUCUUGCCUUACUUGGAUGAGUUAAAAACAGCUUAUCCAAUUGAAGCAAGAAGUGCCACAUUUCCGACCAAACUCCCUCCACCAACAAGUGUUAAGCCCCAUCUGCAAGCGAGCCUGAAGGAAGCCAAAACCAGCCUUCUGAAUCCUCCUCUGGCAGACACUAAGCCUCUCGCCUCCCCUAGUGGUAUGAGGGCAACCAAACAAUCUGGGAAUGAGGACAAAGAAUGGUUUGCUGGAGAUUGCAUCAGAAAGACAGCCGAGGAUCUCUUGCUGAGGGUCAACAAGAACGGUGCCUUUCUCAUCCGACACAGCUCAGCCCAGAGCGCCUGGCAGCCGUACACCCUUGCAGUGCUCUACCAGGACAAGGUGUACAACAUUCCCAUCCGCUUCCUGGAGGAGACAAGAGGUUACGCCCUCGGAAAAGAGGGCAAGAAGAACGAAGAGAUUUUCGACUCCCUCGACGAGAUGAUUUCUCACCACAACAAUAACCAGCUGCUUCUGAUAGACAGCAAGAGCCAGGCCAAGCACACCGCAUAUUUAACCCACCCUGCACGCCCUUAA